AGGUUGCCAAACACUUGUGCAAGUUGUGCACUACAAUAGCGUUGCGGCAUGUUUAGAAACGUUUCCCUGAAGUAACAAGUUACAGCCGGCCGGCGGGGAGGAGGAGAGGUGGAGCUGCUUUUCCUUUCUGAACUCACUUUGCUCCUGUUGUCACAGUCAACGAGCCUCCAUGACAUCCUAUGGCUCCGAUGUGACGCAGAAGAUACAGUAUAUACGCUUCAUUUACCUUUGGAAGAGUCACUCCACGCUUCUUUCUUUUUUUUGAACUGCUGGACUUGUUUUGCUGUCUUCCAAGCUACAAGCGAUUUUUCACGAUGUCUGAUGGGGAAUAUGAUUACCUCAUCAAGUUCCUAGCCCUGGGCGACUCUGGGGUGGGAAAGACCAGUUUCCUCUACCAGUACACUGAUGGCAAGUUCAACUCCAAGUUCAUUACCACAGUGGGAAUCGACUUCAGAGAAAGACGAGUGACAUACAAUUCCACUGGUCCUGAUGGUUCCUCAGGUCGAAGACAGAAGAUCCACAUGCAACUGUGGGACACCGCUGGACAGGAGAGGUUUCGAAGUUUGACCACUGCCUUCUUCAGGGAUGCAAUGGGUUUCCUUCUCUUGUUUGACCUCACCAAUGAACAAAGUUUUCUCAACGUCCGAAAUUGGAUGAGCCAGUUACAGGUCCACGCCUACUGUGAGAAUCCAGAUGUGAUUCUGUGCGGCAACAAAUGCGACCUGGCCGAUCAGAGAGCCGUGAGUGAGGAGGAAGCCCGAGAGUUGGCAGAGAAGUACGGGAUCCCUUACUUUGAAACGAGCGCGGCAAACGGUCAGAACGUCAACCAGGCGGUGGACGUCCUGCUCGACCUCAUCAUGAAGAGGAUGGAACGAUGCGUGGACAAGUCCUGGAUCCCGGAUGGCACCUUCAGAACAAACGGGCACAACAACCCAGACUUGGCAGAGGCCUCGGAAGGGAGCAAGUGUGCAUGCUAAGAGUGCAGAGUGGAGGAGUCAUUUAAACACACUGGGCAUACACGGUAAAACAAAACAAAAAAAAGUUACAUUUACCGAAAAAAAUAUUGACAGUUGUGCUAGCCAGAAUUAUGCUUUCUAAAACAGAAAAACUGUAAAAAAAAAAAAAAAAAAAAAUUACUGUUGAAUUAAGAACCUAUUACCAAAAUUCGUCUUUUAAAAUCAAAUGACUGCACAAAGUACGUAUGUUUAUCUGAUAGUGGUGAAGUCACAGCAUUUCUUUCUUGUUCUUCCCCCUUUCCAGCUAGAGUUUGAACCCAUGCUGUUAGGAUGGCACUCAGGUGUCUUGGGGAGAAAUGUUUUCAUGCUUUUGCAUGCUCAUCGCUUCCUCCACCUGGUCUGUAGUAGAUCAGUAGUUAGCACGUUUGACUCCCAUGAUAGUGGUAUGGGUUCAAAUCUGGGUUGGGGGGAAACGGGAGAAGGUGAGACCACCAUCAAGAUGAAUGUAUAUUGAUCACAGUAUAAGAAAAUUUCAGUAUAUUUUUUUUUACUACCAUGUUUAUCACUUUAAAAAAUCUUCAUUAAUCUGUUGUAAAUUCUAUGGUUAUCUAGUUACUUUACUUUUUAUAUGUGUAUUUCACAAUUUGUCAUUUUUUUGCCGAAAUUUUGGCAUCCACAGCUGUCAGUAUUUUACCGUAAAUUUACCGUAAAAAAGUUUUUUUUUUUUACUUUGUGUAUAAAACUGGAUAAGUCAGUUUGGGUUAAAACACAUAUUAAUUUUAUAUAUCAAACCUGCUAAUUUGUUUACCUUUUUUUUUUAAUGAUCGAUGGAUAUUUGUUACGUUAUUGUCGUGCUGGAUAUUCGUCCCAUUCACUGCCAUUGACAGCGAUAGACGUCAAAUCCAUUUAAAACAGAAUACAGUAGCUGGCAUUGAAUGAUUCAGUGCCAUAGACAAUUAUAUAUGUCCAAUUUAUUUGGACUUGAACGGCUGGCAGCGAAUGAAUGAUCCAAAUGGACUGGAUGUCUAUCGCCGUCAAUGGCAGCUAAUAAGUUAAUUCAUGGAAUAACCGUCAGAAGAAGAAGGAAGGUUGUUGAUGUUUCCUUAAUUUCAGUGUUAUAAGUGUUAAUAUGCCAACAUUACUGUGUGGUCAAUGUAAAACAGUUAAUUUUUAAAGCAACUUAGGUUUGUCAAUCACCAUGAAUGGCAGUCAAUGAGUUAAGUACCAUGAUGUGGAGGAGUACCAUUUGUGAUCAUGAAGCUAGACAUAUUUCAGGUUUAAGUGUCAUAACUCAGAAAAGGUGAGUUGCCAUGCCACAUAGAUGGGUUGUUCUACUCUGUUUACUCAUAAUGUUGGAGUUAACGAUCUUGUUUUGACCUUUAAGUACCGUAUUUUUCGGACUAUAAGUCGCACCAACCAUAAAAUGCCCAACGAAGAGGAAAAAAACAUAGGCCGCACUGGAAUUUAAGUCGCAUUUUUGGGAGAAAUUUACUUGAUAAAAUCCAACACAUAGAACAGAUAUGUCAUCUUGAAAGGCACUUUAAAAUAAAAAUAGAAUAGAGAACACAGAACAACAUGCUGAAUAAGUGUACAGUAUGAUAAUGUCACAUGAUGCAUGAACAAUGAAAUGCGAACGUGGCCGGUAUGUUAACGUAACAUAGCUAUUAAGAGUUAUUCAGAUAACUAUAGCAUAAAGAACAUGCUAACAAGUUUACCAAACCAUCAGUGUCAAUCCAAAAUAACAUGUGAAAUGAUAUAAUAAUGUGUUAAUCAUUUCACACAUAAGUCGCUCCAGAGUAUAAGUCACACCCCCAGCCAAACUAUGAACAAAAAAAAACCGACUUAUUGUCAGAAAAAUACGGUAUUCAUCAGAGGGGCCAUGUAAUUUGAAGGUCAACACAUGCCAGGUUGUUCGUGUCUCAGCAUAUGCAAAAAUGUUCAAUUCAAGUAGCUUUUUCAAUUAAAUUUUCAUUGUUACAGAAAUUACAAGAUACCAUUUAAGUGUCUCCCUUCAAAUUGAUUAAGGAAUUUAAUUAUUAAACCUUGUUAAGCAUACGAGUAAGUAGCAAUUCUGUCCUGUUACUGUAGGUAAUACAGAAAUAUCAAGAAUUACUGUGAAUACCCAGAUUUUUUUGUAUUGACUGUUGACUCAUUUGCUGCCAUUGACGGCGAUAGAAAUCUGAUCUAUUUUAAGUGGGAGGAGUGGCAUUGAUACCAGUUUGACCCCUUUAUUGGACAAGUGACUAUUUUUGUUAAUUAAAAAAAAAAAAAAAAAAUACAACCCGUAAAGACAUGGCGUCAACAUAUAGUAUGUGGACAUCACAUUUUGAGUACUCGUACUGGCUCUAAUUUUAGUCUCGAAAUGCGACCAUUUGGUCACAGUCUGUAGCCCUGCACUUAUGCAAUAUUUCCAUUGAGUAUAAUUUUGUCCUACAUGAACCAAAAUGUAAUGUCUGCAUACAUUAUAUAUAAUACAGUAUACUACAUACACAUACUAUACAUAAUAUUAACCUAGUGAUAAUACAAGGUAUUACACGAUUUCCUAUAUUUAUGAAUAAAUACAAUUAUAAAUGAAUUGUGUUAAUUAAAUGAUAACAAUUAAGAUGAUUAAAAGCAGAAGUACACUCUGGCUAUGCCCCCAUAACACUCUAUAAAGUUGAUUUUUUUUUUUUUUUUUUUUAAAUUUCAGAGUAUUCAUUGCCUACCACUUAAAACGAUAGAUGUCCAAUUCAUUUAAACUGGGAGAACUAGCUGCAAAUGGUUAUCUUUCAAUGCCACUGACGAUGCUGUAUGUCCACUGCUUUUAGGCUGGGAGGGUGUCUACUGUGCUCUAUAACAGCUAAAUUAGUUCAGCGUCAUUCAGAUGAACAUUUAAAGCAAAAUACAUAAAAUUGGUUUCACUUUUUUUUUAUUUUUUAUUUUUUAUUUAAUUCUGCUGAACCUUCACAUUUUGAGCAAUGCAACACCUAUUGGCAUGGUUUGCAUUUCCAACUAUCAUCAUGUAAUAUUCAUUUAAUCACACAUGUAUAGGUAUGUUUAUUUUAUAUAAUAAUAAGAAUGAUAUCAAUUGUACACUUCCAUUCACACAACUUUUUAAUGACUUAUUUUUAAAGUAUUAGAGUAACAUGUCUGUUUGGUCUGAAAAGCUUACACUGCCCUUCAUUAUUCAAUCUACUGAUUUAAAUGAAACCUGCUGUUGAUAUUAAACAGCUGACUGAUCUAUUUGAUCAAAAAUUGUGCCAUAGAUUUUGGAAAAUAUUGUGAAUUUUUCUAAAUGUAUACUUUAUUGUGUGCUUGUAAUAAACAUGAAAAAUAAAUGAA